AUGUUUGAGUUCCGCGCGGCAGAUUUGGCUGUCGAGACGGGACCUGUAUUAGCCUCCAAGGCCGGUGCUUUUGCGACCGCUUUCGAGUACACCGACGAACAGGCCACCACCCCCACCGCCGCCUCUCGCUAUCGCGGCCGAGGAACCAGCAUCUCUCACCAUUCAGAUCGGCUGAGUGCCUCCCCUAUAAAACAGAAAAUGGCUACGGGAUAUGCGGUCAGCCCCGAGCCGCCCGCGCUCUUUGUGCGGGCCAUGUACGACUACGAUGCCGACGACCACACGAGCUUGAGCUUUCGCCGCGGGGAUAUCAUCCAGGUCCUUAACCAGUUGGAAACUGGGUGGUGGGAUGGAGUCAUUGAUAAUACCCGCGGUUGGUUUCCGAGUAACUACUGCACGAUCAUCACGGAGGCCGACGAUUUCGGUGAGCACAUGACGCACGUCCACGAAGAUACGGAACUGAGCCCAGAAUCCGGACUUGAGGAUGAAUACGGCAAUGGACACGAGGAGGAUGAGGAGCUGGACUCUGAAGGCAACCUGCGCGACUCGCAGCCUAUUCUACCCAUCGAGGGUAUUCCCGCACCGAAAGAGCAGGAAGAGGCAGCGUUUUGGAUCCCCCAGGCGACUCCCGAUGGCCGCCUGUUCUAUUUUAAUACACUCACAGGAUAUUCGACUAUGGAGCUACCAUUUGAGAAUCCGGCGACGAACGAGGUUGGCCCCCGGGACCGGACGAAUUUCUUCGUGCCCGACCAGACUCGACCGCCUCCUGAGUUGAUGGCCCGCGGGUUUGAGCGAGACGAGGAUGAAUACGAUGGUUCAGCAUCGGAGGCGGAAGGGGAGUCCUUGAUGCUGGCUUCGCAAGACUCGAUGUCCCGUCGUCGCCAGUCUUUCAUGGACGGUGUGUCGCCUGCGACCUCCAUGGAUUCUCUCUACCCACCCGCUUCCAAAGAGCUGAAGCAACAAUCAUCGAUGAAGAGCCAGGCAACCUUCAGCAGUGGGGCACCGACGAGUGCCAACACGUCUAUUGCUGAAAGCUUUUCUCGACCUUCCAUCUCCUCAGGUACCCCUCAACACUUUGUGGAUGACGGCUUAACGGCUCCCGUGACAUGGCCCCUGCUUGUCGACAACAUGCGCUAUGCUGUGGAGGCUUACCGUCAAGCCCUCUUCUCUCGCGACCGAUCUGAAUACGUGCGAAGGGCCGAAGACAUUUCCGACCACCUGCGCAUGCUUCUGGCUGCUGGAUCUGAUACGACGGAUAACCAUUCAGGCAACCCGUCUAUCAUCUCCACAAACAAGGCUCUGUACCCUUACUUCCGGGAUAUGAUGUCUAAAUUCUCCAAAUUGGUCCUUUCGUCACAUAUUGCGGCUGCUGAUUGGCCAGGUUCUGACUCGGUCAAUAAAUGUCUGCAGGAGGCAGAUGGCGUCAUGCAAGGAGUGUACGGCUAUGUGGACGUCGCGCGACAGCAGCGUGGGGACACCAUUACCCGUAUCGUCCCUGGCUUCGUCAGUGGCAGCUCAUGUGGUGGUAGCUGGCAGAAUAACGGAGUUUCGCUCAAUGCAUCUGGCCCGACCUCGUUCCUGGUACCUGAGGGUGGUGACUCGCGUACCGAGCCUUCGGUCUCUCUCGACUCGGCUCUUUUGGACCACAUUGAUGUCCAGAGGAGGUCGUUCGUCGGAAGUAUCCGUCGGUUGGAAGAAAAAUUGGCCCUCAACCAAAAGAUUGUCACUGCCCAUGAACAUGGCGAGAUUUCGGACGCUAUUUCGGCUGCCGCAAUCAAGGUGGUUGAGCAGUUCCGUCCUUGGAUUUCGACCAUUGAGUCGAUCAACCUUGUACCCCUGGGAACCAGCUUUCAGAACCCGCAACUGGUUGAUUUCAGUCUGCAAAAGCAGCGCGUUUAUGAUGCCAUUGGUGAUUUCAUCCUGAGCUGCCAGGCAGUCUCUGCCCCUCUGGCAGAUGAGUGGGCGGAGCUGCGCGGCGAUUCUCUUGAUGACCGACUCACUGCUGUUCGCAUGGUGGCCAAGCAACUAGAGAAUUUCGUUUCUCAGAUUGGCUUCUCGCUGUCUCUACUUCUUGAGCAGAUUCCCGACGACCAGUCAGCCACACUGCGUAGCGAAAGUCGCCUGGAUGAAGUGGAUGAGUCUAAGGGGGCUCAUGCCCGUAGUGAAUCCCAAGCCAAGAUCGCGAACGAGUCCAUUGGCAUUCCUUCCUCCUACGCUCUUGGUGGCGACAAGGUGCGCCGUAACAUGGACAAGGCUCAGCGAUUCUUCGGCCAGGCACCUCCUACUACUGUUACUCGUGAACCGCCCGUUCGGGAACCCGUCCGAGAGCCAGAAGAGACUCCUUGGUUCUUGAACAUGGAUCACGAAGGAGAGGUAUUCUAUGACACCAAGGCAGAUAUGCCAAUUCUCAAGUGCGGAACACUGGCUGGCUUGGUUGAACAUCUUACCCGUCACGACAAGCUUGAUGCAUCCUUCAACAACACUUUCCUCCUAACCUACCGCUCCUUUACUUCUGCAUCUGAACUUUUCGAAAUGCUCGUUCAACGCUUUAACAUCCAGCCUCCCUUCGGAUUGAACUCGGAUGACAUGCAAAUGUGGAUUGAUCGGAAGCAGAAGCCAAUCCGCUUCCGUGUGGUUAACAUCCUCAAGAGUUGGUUCGACCAUUUUUGGAUGGAGUCUAAUGAUGAAGUGAACAUGGAUCUAUUGCGACGUGUACACGCGUUCACUAAAGAUUCUAUUGCUACCACCAAGACUCCAGGAGCUCCUACUCUCCUCGCUGUUAUUGAACAGCGACUUCGGGGUCAGGAUAUUUCCGUUAAGCGUCUCGUACCCACUCAGAACACCGCUGCGCCGCCACCAAUCAUCCCGAAGAACAUGAAGAAGUUGAAGUUCCUCGAUAUUGAUCCCACGGAGUUUGCUCGGCAGUUGACCAUCAUUGAGUCGCGCCUUUACUCCAAGAUUCGGCCUACCGAGUGUCUGAACAAGACCUGGCAGAAGAAGGUUGGCCCCGAUGAGCCGGAACCGGCCUCUAAUGUCAAGGCUUUGAUUCUGCACUCCAACCAGCUGACCAACUGGGUUGCGGAGAUGAUCCUGACCCAGGGUGAUGUCAAGAAGCGUGUGGUGGUUAUCAAGCACUUUGUUAACGUGGCUGAUAAAUGCCGCGCUCUCAACAAUUACUCUACCCUCACCUCCAUUAUCUCGGCCCUUGGAACUGCCCCCAUCCACCGUUUGGGUCGGACAUGGGGCCAGGUUAGUGGUCGCACCUCUGCUAUUCUGGAGCAGAUGCGCCGCCUCAUGGCGAGCACGAAGAACUUUGGCGAAUACCGUGAGACUUUGCAUCUUGCCAAUCCUCCAUGUAUUCCAUUCUUUGGUGUCUACCUUACGGAUUUGACUUUUAUCGAGGAUGGUAUUCCCUCGCUUACCCCGUCGGAACUGAUUAACUUCAACAAGCGUGCCAAGACCGCAGAGGUUAUCCGAGAUAUCCAACAGUACCAGAACGUUCCGUAUCUCCUUCAACCAGUUCCGGAACUCCAGGACUACAUCCUCAGCAACCUGCAGGCCUCAGGUGAUGUACACGACAUGUACGACCGAAGUCUCGAGAUCGAGCCUAGAGAACGAGAAGACGAAAAGAUUGCAAGGUAUGCCGAACAAGCCGCCAGAGACAAAAACUCUUUGCUUUUUGCAAGCACCGUUGCAAUCCUGCGAUGA